AUGUCCGACUGGGUCACAAAGCAGGAAAAGACCUUAAAAAGAUGGGUAAACACAAAGGUCAGCGUGGAAGUGAAAGACCUCCAUACAGACUUGCUGGACGGGCUAGUACUUGUGGAACUCAUCAAUGGGAUUGCAGAUGCAUCCAUAUCCCCAAACUCAUAUCUACUCUCUCCAGUUUAUGCAAAGCCUAUCCAUAGACUUCAAAAAUAUGAAAAUGUUAACGAUUGCUUGGAAUUCUUGAAGAUUAUCCUUCAAAUUAAUAUCUGUAACAUUAGUGCAGAUGAUAUUGUGGGGGGUAAUUUAAAGCUUAUUCUUGGUCUUGUAUGGUCGAUCAUUGUAUACGCUACCACAAAUUCACUUUCCAAGGCAUUGUCAAAUCAUUGCAAUUCAUUCAAUAAGAUUAAAGUCAUUCUUAGGGAUUGGAUAAACCCAAUCAUACGUAGAAAGGGACUUCCAGAAGUGACGAAUUUUGACCGUGAUUGGUCGUUAGAGAAUAAAAGACCCGAUUUGUCCCUAGGUGCCAUAUUAGAGUAUUACUUAGGAUCAACCCUGGGAUUAAUUAGCUAUGCUGAAAUGACGUACGGGAAGAAAUUGCAAAACCUUCGUAAAGUUCUUGAUGCAGCAAACACUCUUGGUAUACCAAGAUUAGCAGAUGCAGAAGAUUUCAUAAGCUUUGCUCCAGAUGAAAAGUGUGUCAUAACAUAUCUAUUAGAAUGGCUAAAGCUUUUAGAACUAGAUGUGAAGCAAUUGACCGAGCGAGAAGACACUCCAGAUGAACCUUCUUCGCCUAAGAUGGUUGACAACUACUCUGUCUUUGUAAAAGAGGCAGAACCGGAACCGCAACACUUGGAACGUAGGGAAUCUCACAACAAGAGAUAUGGAAUAAUAAUACAGGAAACAACGGUUGACAGACCCCGUUCGGAUGAUAUCGUUAAUAUAGAUAUACUUUCACCUACGCGAUCAGUUUCAACUCCUAGAUCUAGAACAGAAUUUGAAAAACCAUUUGAGUUGGUUGUAGAGGAUCAACCAAGAAAGUCAGAUGAUACGCUGAAGGAUGCUGUGAUUAAUCAAGAAGAAGAAAAACCAACCAUUCCCAAGGAAGCCAUACCAACUUCAACUAGUAGCUUACUUGAUCCUAUCAGUUCUAAUGGACGUAGGUCGCUCGAGCCUCCAAAGGUGGAAAUAAGUAGUCCAAAGAUCAAGUCGGAAGAACCACAACAGGUUAAGCCUAUCCCACUUCAACAAGUGAUGAACUUGCCGAAAGAUUCAAAUAUUCCAAAGUUGACUAAAGCUCCAAGAAAAGUGAUCAAGCUCAGAGUACCACCAAUGAGAUCAGCUAUCUCGAAGCAAGUGAAAGCACUUGAACAUGAAUACCCUAAAAAUGACAAAUCAUCGUCAGAAUCUUCUAACUUUGUACUUAAUACCCAAACUCCCAUUGAAGCAAAAACCUCCAUCAAAGAACCAUUCGAAGAUUAUGAUUAUGAAAUUGGUACUACAAGUUUUAAGCAAGUAAAUAAGGUGUCAGAAGGGGCCAAUACUAUAGAAAAAGUCUCUCCUACAAGUGACAUAGUACACCAACUGAAAGAAAUUGAAACUACGACUAGUGGAAGUGAAGAAACUGAAAUUCCACCAAUUACUGAUGAAUUAGAGGUCGAACAACAAGUUAGUGAAAUACAAGAUUAUAGCGAAAAGGAGGCUGAAGAACCUACCAAGCAGGCUAUAACACAAAUGGUAGACCAACAACUUAAGGUGCCUGUAUUGAAACCAGUAUUAUGUUUAGAGAAUAAGAAACCAUCGUUGAAAUCAACCCCAUUGCAACGUUCAGCCGGGGUACUUCAAAAAAUACAAGCAUUAGAGGAACAUGCUAGAGCCAUGGAGCAGUCACACUCCAUACCAUUUACUACAAAAGAGCCUAAGUUAUUUAAAAAGAAACCAGAACAAUACAUUAAUAGUUCAAAAGAUUCUAGCCUGAAACUGGAUACAAAACCAGUGACAUUAGAUUCUGGAAUCACUGUGUUUGUAAAAAGAAAUAAUGAACCGGAACCCUCACCCGAUUCCGAAGUUGAUCAUGUCAAAGAUUCCCAAUUGGAGUCUAAGGAUUCCUCAAGACUUACAAUGAUACCAUCUGACAGUUUGGAUGAAGAAUCGAAAGAUGCAGAAAUUGAAAUACCAAAUGUUUCAGAAUCUGUGGACACUCCAGAAUCACCUGAACAAGUUGAAAACUUAAGUGACAACCAAAUCCAAGCGGUUGUCGUUGCUGAAACUUCUUUAGUACACGGACCAGUUGUAGUUGAUCAACCGGUACCAAGAACACCAGAAAAUAUAGUAGAAUUCGCUGAUCAAUCAGAUGAAUCGAUCAUUAAUUCAGAAACAACACACGAAGAUCAUCGCGAUGGAAAUGAAGAGGCUACACAACAAAUUAUGAUCGAAUCGGGUUUGGCUUCAGGUUGCAAUGAUACAGAAGAAGAGCAACUUAUUUCCAAAUCAGCAGCUUCAAACUCCCCUGAACAUGGGUCUGUCAUUGAGGUUGCUCUGGAAUUAGAGAAUAAGGAAGAAGAGACCACGGUUUCAAUACAAGGUUGCAAUAAGUUGAAAUUAGAAGCCAAAACACUGGAACCUAUUCAACAUAAUGAAUUGUUAGUUUCUAAUUCAGAUUUGGCAGAUGUUGAAGAUGAAAACACUUCCAAAAGUCAACCAGCCACUCCAGACCAAUUGACUCAAUUGGCUGCUACAACUACAACAUCCGAGGAAGAAGGAGUCAUGAGAAUGAAAACGGAGGCCGUCGAAACCCAAUUGGUCCAUUCUGAAGAACUCGCUUCGGAACCCACUGAAAUAAUAAGUCCAUUAACUGCCCAACCUUCUACAUCCACAACUGGAGAGAAAUACCCAGAAUUCGAAAACAACCUCGAAACAUUUGAAGAUCUGUCAGAUGAUUGCGUUGUUGCAGAUUUCUUAAAUUAUGAUAUUGAUGAUGACUCGGACGAACAUUCAGUAGACUCUGAUGAGGACUCUGAUGAAGAUUCAGAUGCGGAUAUUAUUAUUGCUCAUGAGAAUGCCUACUCAUCCAUAUGCGUAAGUGAACCAAUAACUAGUGAAAUAAUGGAUGGACUGAAGAAAAGGGAACUUCUGUACGAGAAGUUGCCCGAACAAGUCGACCACACCCCAAUACGGUUGGAAGAUGUAGGGGCUCAAAAUAAACUGCAUGAAGUAGUUACUCCACUAGAGCUGGAAGAUGUUUUUCCAAGUUCCGAGGAAGGAUCUCCUAGCAGCAUAUCUAUGGUAGAAGCCAAUCAUGCAACCAAGGAUCCCCAAAUACAAGUAAAGAUCCCCCCUACAGUUAGUAAGGACGUUGACGUUACAGUACAUGAUAAUGAACUUGAAGAGUUAGAGGAAUCACAGGAGGCAAAUGGUAUCCCAGUAGCUGAGGAAUACACUUCUCCAUUCGAUUUCAUUGAAGAUGGUCCAGAUUCAGAUGAAAACAAUCAACCUUUCGAAGAUUUCGAAAUGAUAAACGAUGAGAAAUCAGAGGUUGUAUCUGAGCUGAUUAAAGUAUAUGAAAUAGAUCGUUUAAUAGUUGGAGAUGAAGGAUUAGAAACUCAUGAUGACGCAGAAGUAAUGUCGGAAACCAAGGAUAUCGACCACAUACCAAAAGAUCGAAGUGAUCUGCUUGAAGCGGUUUAUGGAAAAGUUGAAGAUGACCUAAUUCACACUAAGGAGAACAUUCAAGAGUUAACUGAGAAGGUAACUCCUGUGAUAUCUGAAGAAGUUUCGAGUGCAGAGUCUUACAAUAACGAUGACACAGAAAUCGAAGAACUUGGAUCCGAUAACACGACAAGGAACUCAGAAGAAUAUGCAUCUCCCUUUGAUUUUAUUGAAGAUGUAUCCGAGUUAGACGAGGGAGAAGAUUCCCUAGAGUCAACCGAGGUAACCAACCAUACCAUCUCUUCUACCACGGAAAGGCAACUCGAGACUACAGCGGAAUCAACUUUCCCAACAGUAGAUGAAAUCUGUACUAAUAGCUUCGACGAAGAACCUGUAUUAAAACAGCCACUAACGAAGAAGAAGUCACACCCCGCCCUUAGAAUCAUUACUGGUAAAUCACUUGAAAGUUUGGAAAAUAAAUCACCUUUUGCACAAGCCAAUUUUCGUGCUUGUUCUUCCCCACUUAACAAACCUCUUCCACCACUUCCAGGAGCCACACAUAAAAAAACUAGUCUUAAAUCGCAGCACAACUCAAUCACAAGCCUAGAGUUUGCAGAAAGAGCCAAUGCCUUAGCAAUCCGGUUCAAUAACCACACUGAUAACCUUGUCAAACUCUCAAACCAUUUUUCUCUGGAGGCUAUUGGGAAGGUUUUACAGUCGCUGAAGAUUUGCUUCCAACUUGUGCCCCUGAUUCUCAAUAGGGAUGAAUCUAUCGUAGAAGCCAAGAAGAAAUUUGCUGUCAGUGUCUCUCAUCUUAAGAAUUUGCAGGAAGUGUUAGUUCAAUUUGAGUGUUAUCGUGCUAUUGUACGCACCGAUUUAGAGCUAGUACCAAAAUUAGACUCAUUUACAGAUAAGUUAAUGAGAUGCGAUGAUAGUAGUUGGUUACAUGAAUUUGAUAAACUUAUCGUGGCCGAGGAGCAAUUCUCAAUGUUGGCCCUGGUAGGGAUUUGCGAAUUGGCUUCACUGUACAUUAGUGUUGAAGAAAUUACCAAUCAGAUAGAGAGUGCAAUUCGUAGAACACCUUGGUCUACAAACAACAUUCUUAGAGAAUUCGUGGCAGAGUACGACUUACUAGCAAGCACCAUGGAGACUCUCGAUGACUACUUUCAGAACCUUGAAGUAAAUGUAUUCAUUUCAGAAUUGAAAUCAAAGCUUGAACACAUCAAAGGACAGCAAAGUAAAACGUGGUCUCCUCCUGAUUCCAGUAGAAGAGACCAAAGAAAUCUGGCAAAAACAUCGUUCACCAAGAGUAGCAGUGACUUUAGUAUCUACAACUCUGAUCAAAGCGCAGCUAGCCUGCUCUUUGACAAGAUUUAA